GUUUUGGACGCCCCAGGGUUACGCAAUGACUUCUACACUAACUUGGUCAGUUGGUCCAAACUGACAGGAAAGGUUGCCGUAGGCCUUAGCAAGCAGGUGUAUCUCUGGUUGGAAACUAGGGGUGCUAACCCCUUGGAAGGGUUGGGAGAGGAAACUAUCACCAGUACAAGUUUUUCUCCUACCGUGUAUUUGGUAGUAGGGACAAAGGUUGGCCGAAUUGUGCUCUACGACCAACGUAGCGAAGCUUUGCUCGACGAAAACCUUACCUUUGACGGCAAAGGGAUAGUGUGCAUAUGCUGGAUGCCUGAUUCAAAAGGUUUUUUUGCGGGAAACGAGAGCGGCGAAGUCAUGUUCUUUCGUAUAGACGAAUCCACCCCGAGCGAGCCCGCUAUUUGCUUAAAGAAAACCUUCAAGUGCCAUCAACAGCAGAUUUGUGCAGGUAUCGCAAUAAACUCUGAUGGGUCUCAGAUUACGGUGGGUGGGAAUGACAAUUGCUGUAGUAUCUGGGAUAUCCGGGAUUUAGCUCAGCCUAAGUUAAGAUACACGCUUCCCCACAAGGCUGCCGUAAAGGCGAUUGCAUACUGCCCAUGGUCCAAGUCACUCCUCGCAACUGGCGGUGGCAGCAAAGACCGCACUAUCAGAUUUUGGCACACCAACUCCGGGACGCUUCUUGACACGCAUCACAUCAAGGGUCAGGUCACAUCGUUGAUAUGGUCCUCAUCAAAACGGCAACUAGUUGCUGCGUUCGGGUUUGGAGACCUCGAGAGUCCGGUGUUGGUGUCGGUUUUCCAGUAUCCCAAAAUGACGCCGGUACUCCAGGUACUGGCCACCGUCAAUUUACGAGCUCUCUGCGCCGUUGCCUCUCCCGACUGCAGUUCGAUUUGCGUGGCAGCUAAUGAUGAAACCGUCCGCUUUUACGAGCUUUGGUCUCCUAAACGUGACUCGAUUUCCGACUUUCAACAAGGGGGUGUGCUCGGCAGCGAUAUCAUUGAGCUUUCAGAGGGGAUCGACAAGGACGGAGGCCUCAUUAGAUGA